CCUGGUGAGGAUUUUUAUUAUUUUUUUUCCGCUGUGAGGAAAACACAGCGUGUCAGAGCGUCACAUGGCUCGGCGGUGAUCGCUUCCUGCAUCGCAUCUCCUCCGCUUCACUCCGCCUUUGCUCUCGGCUGUCGGCGCCGCUUCUUGCCCUAGACCUGCGAGCGCGGCGCCGCGAUGAUCAGCAAAGUUAAGAACGCCAUGUCCUCGCUGGUGGGCGGCAUUCUUCCGCACGGCCACCAUCACCAUCACCACCAUCAGCAGCAGCAGCAGCAGCAGCCGGGCGCGCAGGGCUGCGGGGCGGACGCGCUGCCUCCUCGCUUCCCCUACAGCCGGCCGGACUUUCUGGAGCUCACGCCAGAGCUGCUGCAGUACUCGAGCGAACACGGCUCCAGACCCGUGAUCACGCCGAGGCGGGACAGCGCGCUGCCGUGGCGAACCGGAUACGCAGAGGUGAUAAAUGCAGGGAAGAGUAUGCUGAAUGAGGAUCAGGCCUCAUGCGAGGUGCUGUAUGUGAAGAAGCUCAGUGGUAAACAACAGCGUGCCUCCAUGCUAUUAGAGGACACUGGGGACACCACGGGUAUCCCCAUGCACUUCUGGGGUGUAUUUGACGGUCAUGCUGGCUCAGGAGCUGCCCUGAUGGCCUCCAAACUUCUCCAUCGUCUCAUCCGUGACCGACUGUGUGAAGUGGCUCAUCUCAUAGAGAAUCAAAGUAGCCCACCACCCAUCUGCCUGGCUAAAAACGGCAGCCCCUACCAGGCUGACCAGAAGAAAGGAGCCUGUUUGGAUGCAGAGGACCAGGAUGCGUGUGCAGAUCGAUUCCACAUGGAGAAGGUGGUCAGUCUGGAGAGCCUGGUGAUGGGCAUCAUAGAGAAUGCCUUCAAACAGAUGGAUGACCUCAUUGAGAAAGAGAAAGCAUCUUACAGCAUUUCCGGUGGAUGUUGUGCCUUGACUGCUGUGCAUUUAAUGGGGAAACUCUAUGUAGCAAAUGCAGGAGACAGCAGAGCCAUAAUUGUCCGCAAUGAUGAGGUUAUUCCCAUGUCCAAUGAGUUUACGCCAGAGAGCGAGAGGCAGCGGUUGCAGUAUCUGGGCUUCCUUAAACCAGAACUGCUUGGGAAUGAGUUCACGCACAUUGAGUUUCCCCGACGCAUACAACACAAGGAGCUGGGCAAGAAGAUGCUCUUUAGAGACCACACCAUGACUGGGUGGGCAUACAAGACAAUUGUGGAAGAUGACCUCAAGUUCCCACUCAUUUAUGGAGAAGGGAAAAAGGCCCGAGUCAUGGCCACUAUUGGAGUAACACGUGGUUUAGGCGAUCAUGACCUGAAAGUGUACAAUUCCAACAUUCACAUCAAACCUUUCCUGUCCUGCUGUCCAGAGGUGAAAGUGUACAACAUUUCAGAGCACAAGCACGGUUCUGAUGAUGUUAUCAUUAUGGGAACUGAUGGGCUGUGGGAUGUGACCUCCGACAGAGAAGUAGCGGAUGCAGUGACAACCUUUCUCUCCCGCUGUGAGCCUAAUGACCCAAUGCGGUACACCUUGGCAGCUCAGGACCUCCUGAUGAGGUCGCGAGGUGUUCUGAAAGAACGGGGCUGGCGGCUGCCCAAUGACAGACUGGGAUCAGGUGAUGACAUCACGGUGUUUGUCAUCCCGUUGGCGGGAGCGGAGUCAGAGACAUGACGAGCUGGGUCCAUUCUCCACUGGCAAGCAAAUCAGGACAUGCCCCUACUUCCCGCCUGCUAAGGAAGGGGUGCAAAACCAAAUAAAAUCCAUUUCCAUUUGAACCGAAGGAAGCGGGCAGGAAAGAUGUACGCGUUCUUCCCCUUCCUCCUGCUUUUCAGAGUCGUAUUCCUCAUCUUGACUCUUACCUCGUGUCAAGCGUGGGAUGACAUCAUCAUUAAGUGCCACUCUUCUCACUCGACAUUUCUUACAGACUCAUUUUAAAAGACUGCUUACUUGUCAGAUGGCUCCAGAACAGACAAAGCUGCAGUAAUAUACGCUCCGGAGGGAGGUCCGUACAGGAGCAGAGAGGAGGAAAGCAGAGAGGGUGAAUGUUCAGUGACGUGUUUAAAACCUGAUCUGAAUGUGACAAAAGGAGUGAGCCACUGUUGAUAUAAGAUGAAGACCAUGGUGAUGAAGGAUGUACAAAUGUAAGCACUUUAUCUUUAGCAGAAACCCAUCAAUCUGUAAUUAAACCUUUGCCAAUUAUAAUCAUCUCCUGAAUGUCUCCAAAGAAUGUACCUGUCUAAACACAUGUGUUUGUACUGAGUUCACUUUUAGUUUGUUUUUUUCACCAAGAAAGAAGGGAAGCACAGUUAUUACAUUACUCUUGACGUUGAGGAUUAAUGGAUCAAACUCACCUCCUCUGGAAAGGCAGUGACGGUAUGGUUAACAUUAUGGUUCAGGCAAUCAAGAAGAAUUUUGGAGACGUACUGUACUAUCCACUGUAACCCAAGCCUUCACAGAGCUGCUGGAAAGUAGAGACAGCCAUGUAACUACUUUCGCACAGUUGACUGAAACUGCGUUCCCUACCUCUCCACAAAGCCAUGCCGAAUGUCCAACUUAAAAGCUUCUAAGUAGAACUUUUGAUAAUAGACCCCAAAUGUAUUUGUGCACCUAAACCGUAGCUAAUGGGCCGCUUUCUAUGAGCCACAUUUAGAGGCCUAAUCCCGAAGUUAGCAUUAGUUUGAGCAAAAAAUCUCCUGUUAGGAAACUUUUCUUCCAGGCUUGGUACUGAACCAAGAAACUCACCCUCAGUGGUAAGUUUAACACUCUUACUGUAACCUACAUCUAAAUGUAUCUGAGCUACUUUAGUUGUGAAAUUAUGUUGGGGGAAAAAAGAUUCUAUGCGGCAGCUCUUUUACCUUCAGUGAUGUUUUAGUGGUGAUUUUUAAAAGUAAAACCAUCCUUGCUUAUAUGAUCUUGAACUGGACAGACCAUUGUAUGUCUAAAUGAAAAUAAUUGAGAUCAACUGACCGCUAGCACUUUUUGUCAUCACAUGUUUUAGUUUAUUUGUUUGCUUGUUUGUUUUUUGUCCAUGCUGAAUAAUAUCAUUUCUGCUGACUGUUUAAUAAUUUGUCAAGCUGUAAAACCUAGGCAACUGUGAUUAAUGCACAAUAAAUCUCCCACUUAUCAAAAAAUUA